CUCUGCUCAGCAGUGAAACCACUUCCUGUUGGCGUUUCAUCGAGCGAUUUCUCAACAUGACAUCUGUGUGUGGCUUUAGAGAGAGAUACAUCUCGAAGUGUCCGGCGACUGGGACUGUUGUUCCAUUUCCUGUUGCUGACGCAGGUCAAAGGUCGUUCAAUUGUCCACAAAUCACCUUUUGGCUCCAGUCAGUAGCAGUGAAGUGAGGAAUGGUUACAGUAGAGCUCAUGACAGCGAAUCUGAAGAAGAAGAGAAGCGUUGAUGUCAGAGCUGUGAUGGCUCCGCCCCAGAGGAGGCGUUCCUUCGGCCCAGUCUCCCCCAAACGCAUCUACAGGAGUCUGUCCGUCAAGCUGAGGGGCGGAGCUUCCAACACUGAGGCGGAGCACUCUGAUUGGAGGAGACGGCGGAGCAAAGGACCAGCUGAUUACGCAUGUCUGUGGGACGCUCUGGAGAGUGAAGACACCCUGGCCGUGCAGCACCUGUUGUCCAGAGAGAGAGAGCGAGAGACGGACGGGCGAGUGAAUGCCGUCACUGAGUUCGGCCUGGUGCCGCUGGACGUGGCCGCUCUUACCCACAAUGCCUCACUGCUGAAGGUGCUGGUGAAGGCCGGAGCAAAACACAACCCCAACUUGAGCUCUGCCUCUGAUUGGUCGCUGAAGCUGGAUGAGCUGGUGUCAUUGGCUGAGAAGAAGCUGGAGGAGGGGAGGGCGGAGCUUCAGCUCAAAGAGAAGGCGGAGCUUCAGUCGCACGAAGACGCGCAGAAGAGCGUCGAAGUCUGGACGCAACGCUGUGAACUUUACCAUCGCAUGAGGGAGAAUUUCCACUCGACAGCUCCUCCUGGUCCUCCCGCUAGCGCCGCUCUGCUGGUGACGGGCGACGGCUGUGUGUGUGUGCGUGUCAGAGAGCCCUGCGGUCACACACACGGCCUCAUCACCAGAUACAGAGUUGAAUGGAGCACUUCCGCUGGUUUCUCUCCUCUGUGUGGAAGAGGAUUCAUCAGUGACAGCAGAAACACAGAGUUCAGCAUCACCGGACUGCAGACUGGUGUGCAGUAUUACGUGCGGGUCAGUGCGUAUAACAUCAAAGGCUGGGGUGUGUAUGUGAGCAGCAGCCCGACGAGUGUCGCCCCCUCCAGCUGGAGCGAGUGUAUCGGUGCGACGGUGAGACGCAGGGAUCAGGGCUCAGCCGUCAGGAGGAUCUCACAGCAGAUCACAGAGCCGGAGCUCCUCACAGAGAACAGCAGCUCUGUGAGGAAAGUGUCUGUGUCUCGCGGCCUGAAGCAGCUCUUUCACUCCAGCAGGGCCGUUCGCCUGUCACAGAGAGGCGUGUACUUGGCGUGUGUCUUCUAUCAGAAGGAGUGUGUCCUGGUGUCAUGUGACGAGCGGCUUCCUCUAGUGGAGGUUCAGUGUUGCUCCGCCUCCGUCACACAGGACUUCCUGUGGUUCACUAAGCUGUCGUGCGCGUGGACGCAGGUGUCGUUCCUGCUGCAGGUGCUGUCGUCUUCAUCACUCUCCUCGUCUUCAUCGCUGCUGCAGAACAGACUGAGUUUCCUGCGGGCCGUCGCUCAGCUGCAGGCGUCAGUGGGGUGUGUGGAUCUGGGCCAGGUGUACUUCGAGCCGCUGAAGGACAGGCAGGGGAACGUGCUGCUGGUGACCCUGAGAGAGGUCACGACCCCGCUGACCCCGUCUGACCCCCCGCUGCACUGGGUUCCUGUCAGCACUCUGGAGAAACACCAGAUCCAGACGCCAAUGCUGCCCGAACCCACCGCUGUCGAGCUGCUGACCGAGAGACUCAAGGAGACGCUGGCGUAUCACCGCAGGAGUCAGCACAGAGCUCAGCCUGGUCUGUAUGUGUGUGUCCUGAAGCUCUGCAGCUCCGUCAAGCAGCUGCGUGUCCUGGUCUCACACAGAUUACCCAGCAUGCCCUUCUGCUGCCGUGUCAGGAACCGGCCGCACGUCACACGGGAGGAGUGGGCGUGGCUACAGAGGCAUGCAGUGGGCGGGGCCUGUGGGAGUGAUGACGCUGUGAUUGACAGCUCAGGUGUUGAGGACUUCGUGAAGGAACUGAGAUCUGCAGUGAUUCAACUCCUCACCAAACUCAACGUCCCACUGGAGCGGGCGUGUGAUUACCGCGUGUACACACAGGAGCUGCUGCAGGCGGGGGAUCAUGUGACUCUGCUGCUGCUGCUGCCGCCCAGCGAGGACUUGAGCCGGUGGCCCCUAGAGGCCGAGGUGGAGCCGCACGGCCUCACGCUCCCACUGCACAUCUUUGAGAUCGUGCACCUGUGGGCGUACGAGCGUGACCUGCUGUCUCAGUUCUGUCAGCUGUGGGUCCGACUGGAGCUGGAUGUCCGCCUGUCCCAGCAGGCUUUGAGGGAAGCGCUUGACAGCAGUGAAGUGACGGAGGCCACGGAGAGACUGACUCACGUCACACAGCUUACACAGGGUUUGUCUGCGCUGUGGAGAGAGCGCCGCUGGCUGAUGGACGUCAUUCACACACUUCGCUCCAAGAGCUCUGAGGGGGUGGUGCCUCUGGGACGUGUCAUGACCUCGCGACCACCAAUCAGAUCAGCUGCGGCGGCGGAGGACACGCCUCUUACACACACUCUCAGCACAGUAGAAGGCGAAGCUCCGUCUUGCUCUCAUCAACCUGAAGGGUCAGAGGUGAAAUACAGGGUCCCCACCUCACCCUGCUCCAAUGGUAACGACCCUGAGGUCCCCGUGACCCCUGCGGCUGAAGGUCACGACCUGUCGUCGGAGAUAAUGGACCUGUUCGAGUGUCUGGAUCUGCUGGGAGGGAGUCUGUCAGAUCUGGACCUGCAGGAUCCAGAACAGGCCCUGUCAGACGAGGACUGCACCGCUCCGCUCACGGGACGUCCCGUCAGGAGCCUGGUGGAGUGGGUCAAAGGUCACCACACUCUCUGAUGGAGGAGCCAAUCAAUAAUCACAGUCAACACAGAUCCGAUAUAAUAUAUAUUUAAUAAUAUUAUCAUAAAAGAUUAUUAUUAUAAAUCAGCAGCAGACUGAAGAUCAUCACUGAAUGUGCAGAAAAGCAUCCGUUACAGAACCUCAGAACUUUAUUUUUACUGUAUAUUUAUAUUGAUAUAGGUCUGUUUAUGUCUCAUGAUGACUGUUAUGGUAAAUAAAUGUCUUCUCUGUGAACAGAUCUUGUUAAAAAAACAAGUGUUGCUUUGUUUUCCUUAAAGUUGUUUUAUUUAAUAUCAGAACAAGUUAGAAACUAAAUGGACUCGAAUGAUUACUGUAAAAACUUGCAUAAAUAAAAAUAAAAACUGUAGUAAAAAAAAA